UUUUUCUGUUCAUAUGUUAGGCUAUCUCCUCUCUAUCUCCUCUCUAAUUUUGGUAAUUUCACGCCAGUGGAAACCCAAACAAAAAACGCAAUAAGAGGCUCUGACCGGAAAUCAAUCUGACUGCGCAAUGCAAACUCUGUUUGUCAGCAACCAAGCUGCUCUCAUCUUCAAAAGACUCCAACCUAAAGAAACAUCUGGGAGUCCUUUGUUGAAUGCAGCUGGGUCAGGCUGCAGUAGUGUGGCUGGAUUUUAUCACCUUCAAGCUUACAGUCCACCUGGACCCGACUGCGCGGCAAUGUUCCUCUCCACAUGGAGAUGUACAGGAUAGAGCCAGCAUAUGCUUUACAACUAGCUGAGCGGGAGACGAGCUGACCGGUGUGAUGAAGGAUCGACUGGCUGAACUGACCGCUGCCGCUUCACAAACAGAAGAGGAUGUUGCAGUUACAGUUAACCAAGAUGGAUUCAUGGAUAGCUUUUUCAGAAGGGUGGAAGAAGUCAGAGGAGUCAUCGAUAAGAUCUCCAUACAAGUGGAAGAAUUGAGGAAGAUCCACAGCAUGAUCCUGUCGGCACCCAACACAGAUGACAGAACAAAGGAUCAGCUGGCUGCACUCACCAAUGAUAUCAAAGGGAAUGCCAAUGUGGUGCGAACCAAACUAAAAUCCAUUGAGCUGAGCAUGCCCAAAGACGAUGCUGCUAACAGGGCCUCCGUAGACUUCAGGAUCCAGAAAACACAGCACACUGUGCUCUCCAGGAAGUUUGUGGAGGUCAUGACCCAGUACAACGAGACUCAAGUGUCCUUUAGGGAAAGAAGCAAAGGAAGAAUCCAGAGACAGCUGGAGAUAACUGGAAGAGUGACCACCAAUGAAGAACUAGAAGACAUGUUAGAAAGUGGAAAUCCAUCCAUCUUCACCUCUGAUAUCAUUUCUGAUUCCCAAAUCACACGGCAAGCCGUGAACGAGAUAGAGUCACGGCACCAGGACAUCAUGCGCUUGGAGACGAGCAUCAGGGAGCUCCAUGCGAUGUUCAUGGACAUGGCAAUGCUGGUAGAAACUCAGGGGGAUAUGGUUAACAACAUUGAGAAGAACGUCUCUAAUGCAGCUGAAUACAUUUGUCGUGCAAAGGAAGAGACCAAAAAAGCAGUCAGGUACCAGAAGAAAUCCCGGAGGAAAUACAUUAUUCUUGCCUUUGCUCUGUUGAUCCUGCUUGCUGUUAUUGCACUAAUUGUCGGCCUGUCUGUCGGACUAACCAAACCCCCUGCAUGAGACCUGCUGUGAGAAGCUUCUCUACCUUGCCAUGUGUGGAGGUUUCAUACUUUUACUCAUCAUAAUAGUCGGAGUCUUUGAGUAAUGAAUUCCAUCGUGUGCAGUUCCACAGCAGUCAGAAGUGAUGAAACUUUUACAAACUUCAUAAUAGGACUGUCAGCCUCUAUCCAGCAGGACGGAUGUCUUGAGCAGAACUUUUCCCCCAUUAUUGUUAUUAUUUUUAAAAAAAACAAUGACUCCUGAUAACAACCAACUGACAGCUGAUAUUUGGAAUUGAUACAUUUUUACGGUAAAAGAAAGUUUUAAUGUUUACAUCACUUCACUACAUAUGAAAAAAGCAGAUCUGGCAUAUUUACAUGAUGGACACAAGUGUUGGUGUUAAUUAAUACCUUUUCUUAAUUAAAAGAAAAAAUAAUCAAAGCCUAAAGCUUAGCAGCAGAUGUGUAUAUAGAUAUAGAUCUGUUUGUCUCAUCUUCCCAGUACCCCUGCUAUUCUUCAAUGUUUUUUUAUUUUAUUUUAAUUUUUCGCUUUUUUAGCAAUUUAAUCACUCACUAAAGACAACAUCUUAAAGUAUUAAUUGUUACUGUUUUAUGGCAGUUAGGGCGUGUCUGUCCAAUUAGAAGCAUGAAUUCCUUCCCGUGGUCAGCAGAGUCCAGUGCAACAGAUCUUGGUGGGGAAAAUAUUCCUCGGCUCCUUAACACUUUCCUUUGGAGUUAAUGGCCUCAGUCGCCAGUUUCAUGCCUUAGUGAAAACAUGGUGCUUAUAUUUGAUGAUAAAAUAAAAUAUUUUUUUAAAAUUUAAGUUGGGAUAAAAUGUAAAAAUAAAAGCAGAAUGUAAUUAUUCAAAAGCAAAUCCUCAUAUUUCAUUACUAUAGAACACAGAAAACAUAUCAAAUGUUUAAGCUGAAAAAAAUUUAUGAAACAUUAAAGCAUUCUUUAUUCUGAAAUUGUUCCAUAAUUGGUCUUGCAAAUUGGUGAGCCUGAAAUUACUCUGAAAUUUGUUCCUAUUUUUGAUGAGUUUUAAGGAUGAAGACUGAAUUCAAUAAAACUGGAAUAGAGGUGGGCAUACUUGUCAUAACAGAAGUAGGUUGUAAGAUUGUGGGAAGUACCACUUCAAGGAUAUCUGCUAUUCUACCUUCAAAACACAGCUCAUCUAGCUACUGGUCAGCUCCAGUCUGUGUGUACUUUACUGUGCCAGAAUAGCCUUUAGUUUUGAUUGUUUGUUAUAUGCAUGUAACUAAUCGGAUGUGAUUGGGACAUUGCUCUAGGUCACAGAGUAGUGGUCCAGCAGUAGUCUGUUUUGUGUGGUUCUAAAGUUUCAAGGUUUAUAUUUUGACUGCAAAAAUAUAUCAAUUCUUCUUAACUGUAAAACAUCAUAAUUGCUAUCAGCCCUGAACAAAGACGCAACAGUCAACACACAGAACCAGUUACAAUAGACACAACAACAUCGGCCUCUGUGUUAUGCUGAAGUAGAGCACGUCUGUUCAAUACAGCAGAUUACUGUUGUUCUAUGUUGCUGUUAAAUAGAUUUUUUUGUGCUGAAGAAACAGUUUGACAUUUUGGGAAAUGAUUUGGGUGCUUGUUGAGGGUUCGAUUAAAGGAUUAAGUAUAACUUGCAUGUUUAAAGUAAUAAACAUGCCAUAUACACUUUUUCUUUUACCCAGGCUAGGAUAGCUGCUAGCUGCUGCUUCACAUUAAACACAGACUUGAGAGCAUAUCAUUCUUUUAUCAUAAUUUAAUAAAGCUACAACAACUGCCCAGGCAGUGGUGCACUGGUUAGCACUGUUGCCUUGCAGAAAGAAGGUCCUGGGUUCAGGUCUACCAGCUAGCUGGGGCCUUUCUGUGUGGAGUUCACAUGUUAUCUCUAGGUACUCCCACAGACACACGUGGGGUUUGUUUAACUGACUGUAGAUGAAUGGCUGUCUCUCUCCAAGUGCUAGUUUGGCACCAUGUCCCAGCUGUGUACCCUGAAUUGGGUAAGCUGAUGCAUGUCACAAUUUUAUCAAACUGCUGCUUUAGUGUCAAAACAUGUGACCAGCUCACUUCUCUGUACACUGACGGCAUACUUUGUGUUUACAUGUUCAAGUAUGUGCUUUAUCCUUUUCACCUGUUGUGUAUAUAUAAUGUUAUUUGUGUGAUGUGAAUGUUAAACUACUACAGCUCAGGAGACCUUUAGGAAUUUCAUGUAGUAACAUAGAAUCCACUGUUAUACUGUAAAUGUGCCUUCUUGACAUUUUAAUAUGAAACCUUAACCUUAAGUGCAUUUGUCACAGCUACUGAGUGUGAUGACUGAAAUACUGCUGUGAAAAGAGUCAUGCAGUAAUGUAAGACUCUUGGAAGAAUAUUUCAGGAACACACAUUUUUAUUUUGAUACCUUUUUGUUUUUUGCUUGAUUUUUGUAUUUUUUACUGAAAAAAC